AUGCGCUGGUGGAACGCCUUGAUCCUGGCCGCUUGCACCGGCCAGACGGCUGCGCAUGUGGAUCCAAACAAUCCCAGCCAUAGCCUACCAAAGCUUGCCGGGGGCAGAAGAUUUUUGUCGGAAUUUAAAGGGGGAAGGAGAUGGGAUAACCAGGCACGCGCUAUGCGGAGAGCAGAAAUGGUAGAAGCUCGGGAUGAAGAGGAACUCGAGGAGCGAGGAGAACUUGAGCCACGACAGAGAAGCGGACGGUGCGGCGCGGGUCGUGGUAGUUGCGCGGCUAGCCAAUGUUGCUCGGCUGAAGGCUAUUGCGGCGUAGGAGAAGAUUAUUGUACUUCACCCGACUGUCAAAUUAACUAUGGACCUGCAUGUGACGGUAACCAAAAGCCUGACGGCGUGGACACAUCGACUAUUGCGCGCCCAAAACUAGGCAAGGUACGAUACGGCGGCGUGGGCAUUUACGACUGCGUAAACCAAGGUGAUAUUGCUGUAACCUUUGACGAUGGCCCAUACGAAUAUACCAACGACCUCCUCGAUAAGUUUGCAAAAUACGAGGCGAAAGCCACGUUUUUCAUUACUGGCAACAACAUCGGCAAGGGAAAAAUUAACGACCCAGACUUACCCUGGGCCUCCGUCAUUCAACGAAUGGCCGCCGAGGGUCAUCAGAUCGCAAGCCAUACUUGGUCGCACGAAAACUUCAGCCAGUUGACUACAACCCAGUUCAAGAACCAAAUUAUAUGGAAUGAGAUUGCUUUUAAUGAUAUCCUUGGAUAUUUUCCUACCUAUAUGAGGCCACCCUAUUCCAUCUGCGCCGCUGCUUGUCAGACCCAGUUAGCUAACCUUGGAUAUCACGCUAUAUACUUUGACUUGGACACGGAAGGAUACCUUCAUGACGAUGCCAGCCAGAUCCAGACUAGCAAAGACAUCUGGGAUGACGCAGUUGAUGGAUCCAGCCCAUGUGAGGAUAGCUAUCUCGAGAUCGAGCAUGAUAUCCACUACCAAACUGUUUAUAACCUCACAGACUAUAUCCUCGACUCGCUCUUUAGCCAUGGCUAUAGGUCUGUCACUGUGGGGCAAUGCUUAGGCGAUCCCCCUGAGAAUUGGUACCGUGCUGGCACCGGUAAGGUUCCCGAGUAUAACUUCACCAUCCGUGCUCCGACCGGCACUUGGUCUUGCCUGAACCCUACGCCUACUUCUACCCGCCCAAGCCAGCCGACUAGCACGUUGAAGAUUAGCGAAGAUGGUCGAUGCGGCGACGGAGUAACUUGCGCGGGCUCUGAAUACGGAAAUUGUUGUUCUACCAAUAAAUGGUGCGGUGGCUCCAUCGACUAUUGCGGCUCGAACUGUAGCCCGGAGUUUGGAACCUGUUCCUCGGCGGACUCGCAAAUCCCGACCAGCAUCCCGCUCCCUAACGGACCGGGAACCCCUGAUGACCCCAUAACCACCACGGGAUCGGCACCCGCCCCCACCGGAACGCUUCAAGUGUCGAUUGAGGGAAACUGCGGUGAUGGAUUCACUUGCGAAGGAUCGGAGUUUGGAAACUGUUGUUCAGAGUCAGUGUAG